AGGGAAGAAGGAAGAGCAUGAAUGAUAUUUUAGAUAUAAAUUUAUUCUGCAGACAUGUCAAUAAGAACAAGGAGGAGACGCUAAAGCAGCUAGCUGUUGUUAAAAACCAACAAGUUUUCGCUGCUAACGUUUGAAAAAUGAGAGAAACGACGUCGCGUUUGUAACGUAAACCGCAAAUUUAACGGAGUGCGAUAUUAUAAAGUGGACUCAUUGAGCCGGUCAGGUGAAUGUAAAUAACUUAUCGACCCUGGGGCCACCAUGGAUCGCUACAAUGAGGUGAAACUCCUGCUGAAAGGCUGGGAGCAGGGGUUUGUCAAACACCACCAGAGGAAACCCAACAAGGAGGACAUUGACCAGGCUCCAGAAGAGACCAGGAAGUUGUAUAAAGAAUACCGCAGUUUAAAACAAGCCAAAGAGAACAGCGGCAGUGAUGCAGCCAGUCACACUGAAGCCACAGCUGAGCUCAACACAUCCCAGAAGGAGUCAGACUGUUGGGGUGCCCACCUGAAUCGCAGUGCGUUGCCAGUGCCUUCUCCCAGACUGACAUCCGAGGACAGAGACAGUCUAAAGGCUUCUUCUCAAUAUUAUGGCCUGAAGCUUAAAAACAACCUGGCUUCUCUCAGUAAGGAGAGACCUGCCUCACUGAAGAAAUCGUACCUUCCUGGUCGGGUACCUCUGAACUCCUUGAAAGGUGAACAAACCGUACAAACAAACAGCCCCAGAUCUGCCGCUGCCAAGACCACGACUGCUAACUCUGAAUCCAGCCCCUUCUCAACAAGAAGAAUUAAGCCAUGCCUCGGGGCCCUGGCUUCAAAGACUCUCCAUCCAGUGGAGCCUGAAGAACCGUUUGCACCAUUUGACGAACCUGCAGAUGCUGCUGGCGGUCUCAGCGGUCGUAAUAGCAGUGAUAGUAUUAGUAGAGACACUUAUUCACAGCUGAAUGCCUCCGUUUUAGCUCCUUCUCCAGCCAGGUCCUCUGCCCUGUUGUCGUCUUUAUCUCCUUCACGUACCGUAGAUGUUAGAGCCGCAGGAAAGUUAAAUGAAAGUUUAGAAGCUUUAGUCAAUGCUGAAGCAUUUGGAACUCCACAUCGGGAUGCUGACUCUGCAGGUGUUGGAACUCCAGUUGGCUUUAAAGAAAGCCCACAGUUUGUUGGAGGUUUCAGGGGUGGAAUCUUAGGUAAAGACUUUGGAGGAAGGCCUUCUCCCGCCAGCAGGCUGAGCUUUGUGGAUAGGCAGUGGCUCGAGAGAUGUCAGGUGUUUGGAGAGAUGGGAGCUGAGGAAAGGCCCGGAGCAGGGAACCAGGAGAUUCAUGUGGAGAAAGGAGGAGAGAGAGACCAGAGACAAGAAAUUCAAGGAGGCGAAAGAGCAGGAAAGGAAGAAUCAGUUGGAGAGGGGCAAAGAAAAGAGUCACUAGACUUAGGAAAAGAUGAAAAUGUUGAGAGCAUCACAAGGAAUAAAAUAGUCAGUGAGACUGCACCAAAACCUGCUAGACAACAUACUGGAAAAGACGUACGAGGAGGAGGGGAGGAGAAGGAGAAAAAGGCAGAUGAGGAGAUGGAAAGAGGACAAGCAUCAUUUACAACACCUGAAGGUGACACUGAGAAUGGGCAUAAAUCCAAAAGCACAAAGAAGAGAGGGAGGAAGAGGCAGAGAGAGGGAGAAGACAUGGACGGAAAUGCUACAGAAGAAGGAGGAGAGAAAAAGAGGCGAAGGAACGUUGAAAAGAAAGAGAAGAGCUCUGAUGUCAACUCCAGCUCACCUCAGGGAGGAGCAGGGAAGAAAAAGAGACGCAAGAAAAAAGGAGAAGAAGAGGAUGUUGAAGAGGAUGAGAAGGAGGAAGAAACCAAAGUACCAAAAAAGGUGCCCCAAGAGAACUUGUUAGGAGAAGUAGAGGAGGAAUUUCUUCCAAGAACAUAUCGCACACAGUCUGUCAGAGCCAGAGUUGCAAAAGGUGCAGAGGGUAACUUUGUGAAGAUAAAUCUGAAGAAGAAAUCUCACGUCAAAGGAUACGCGCUGAGAGGAGUUGGUCUGCGCAAACAGCUGUACAUGCAGAAGUUCCAGCUGAAAGGAGAGCGUUUUGGUGGAGGUGGCGGAUAUUUUGGCAGAGGACGGAGAGGCGGCUUCAGAGGGGGAUUCAAUCGACAAGGAGACACCUGCUACAAGUGUGGGGGGACCGGACACUGGGCUAUCGACUGCAAGGGACGAGCUCCUCCGCCUCCUGUUCCCGAUGAUAACCCUGCUGAAGAGGAGCCGUUUGAACUGCCCACCCUGGAGGAUGUCGCCAGGGCAACGGGAACGCUGCGACCUCAGCCGCUGGUGGCGUCUCCCAGCAUUAAAGAGGAGCAACAGGAAAAGGAUGCGGACAGUAACCAUAGCGAUGAGGUGCUGCUGAAUGUGAUUCGUCCUGAUUAUGAACGUCCUGCUCCUCCACCGCCUGUGGAACCGCUUUAUCACCCCACAGAAGAAGGGAAAGUCCAGGAAACACCAGACGAAGUGUACGCAGCUCUGAAAGAACUCGGCUAUCAGUCGUUUAGAGCAGGACAGGAAGAAGCCAUCAUGAGGAUCCUGUCAGGCCUCUCUACCCUCGUGGUGUUGUCAACCGGGAUGGGUAAAUCGUUGUGCUAUCAGCUCCCAGCAUAUCUGUAUGCUCAGCGAUCAAAAUGCAUCACUUUGGUCAUUUCACCUCUCGUCUCUCUAAUGGAUGAUCAGCUGUCUGGUCUGCCAGCCAAGCUGAAGGCAGCGUGUAUCCACUCCAACAUGACGAUGAAGCAGAGAGAAGCCGCAAUAGAAAAGGUGAAGUCAGGCCAGGUGUGUGUGCUGCUCCUCUCUCCAGAAGCCCUGGUUGGCGGAGGAGGAUCGGGUUCGGGGUGUCUGCCGUCUGCUCAGGAGCUCCCUCCUGUGGCCUUCGCUUGUAUAGACGAAGCUCACUGCGUCUCGGAGUGGUCGCACAACUUCAGACCCUGCUACCUGAGGCUCUGCAAGGUGCUACGGGAGCGUCUGGGGGUGAAGUGUUUGCUCGGACUCACGGCCACAGCCACACUGUCCACUGCUCUGGACAUCGCUCAGCAUCUGGACAUCAGCGACCAAGACGGCAUCGCUGUCAGAUCCGCGGCCGUGCCUCCAAACCUGAACCUGUCCGUGUCGAUGGAUGGAGAAAAGGAUCAGGCCUUAGUCUCGCUGCUGAAAGGUGAUCGUUUCGGUUGUCUGGACUCCAUCAUCGUCUACUGCACCAGAAGAGAGGAGACCGUCCGUGUGGCAGCGCUGCUCAGAACCUGCCUUCAGGGGGUUCUGGUGAAAGAAAACCACCAAACCAGCGGCAGCAGCAGUCAGGCACAAAACAACCCUGUAGGACAGAGAAAGAAAGAACUGGCGCGGAAGAAGAUCCGUAAGCCGCUGAAAUGGCAGGCGGAGUCCUACCACGCCGGCCUGUCGGGGUCGGAGCGCCGACGCGUCCAGAACAACUUCAUGUGCGGAGAGCUCCGAAUCGUGGUGGCCACUGUGGCGUUCGGGAUGGGCCUGGAUAAAUCCGACGUCCGCGGUAUCAUCCACUACAAUAUGCCAAAGAGCUUCGAGAGCUACGUUCAGGAAAUCGGGAGGGCAGGGAGAGACGGAGAACCGGCUCACUGUCACCUCUUCCUGAACCCUGAGGGUGACGACCUCCACGAACUCCGUCGCCACAUCUACGCAGACACAGUGGACUACUACACAGUGAAGAGACUGGUCCAGAAGGUUUUCCCAGCAUGCAAAUGUAAACAGAUACACCAGAAACAACAAGACCUCUUCAAGGAUGUUGAAGACUCAGAGUUGUUAGAGAUGAUGGAUAUGUGCGAUCAGGAGAGCAGCCUGAAUCCUUCUACUCAGCAGGACCUGCUACAUACAGAUCAACCACAAGUUGCUGCUUCACAGGAGACCUCAGAUCUUGAUUCAGCUGAGAUACCCAUCCAAGAGGAAAGAGAUGAAGGAAAGGAAAAGGAGGAGAACCAGGAGGACGACAGCAAAGGAGACCAGCCAGUUAAAGACGAAGGAGCUGAUUGGCAGAAAGACCAGGAAGUCGAGAGCAGCCAUUGGCCCAAAGAGCGAGUGUGUCACACACACGAGAGAGCGAUUCCCAUCCAAGAAACUGUGGAGGCUCUGGACAUCACAGAAGAAGGUGUUGAGACGCUGCUCUGCUAUCUGGAGCUGCAUCCACAGCGCUUUGUUGAGCUCCUCCAUCCCACUCUGUCUGUGUGUAAAAUCAGCUGCUACGAUGGACCAAGACAGCUGCAGAAAAUCACUAAAAUUUGCCCUCCGAUCACGGUGGUGUUGGCCAGAAAGCGGAUGGCCGGCGAGCGGGUGGAGGCGUGUGAUCAGCUGGAGUUUGAUGUCGUUGAGGUAGCCGACACUAUGGGAUGGCAGCUUCCACUUGUGAAGAGAGGACUCCGACAGCUGCAGUGGAGCACCGGUAGAGCUGGCGGACGUAGCGGCGUCCAUGUUGAAUUCUCCUCCCCUUCUUUCUACUUCCGUUCCUACGGCGACCUGAGCGACGAGGAGAUGGACCGAGUUUGUCAGUUCCUCCAUCAUCGAGUGCAGGACCAAGAGAGGACGCAGCUGUACCAGCUGACGGCUUGUUUCAAGGCCUUCAAGAGCGUUGCCUUCCGAAGCGUGUCGUCCUGUCUGGAGGACUUGGAUGACAGUCGCAGUCUGCAGCUGAAAAGCCUUCUGUCCGAGUACUUCGACAAGAGACGAGACAGAGGACACGCACUCCAACCGCUGGACCUCGAGGAGCUCGACAAAUACAAGCUGUUGGACUGGGAGAGUCAGAUCAGAGCCGACAUCAGGAGUUUUCUCGGCAACCGGAGUGAUGAGAAGUUUUCUGGAAGAGCUGUUGCAAGAAUCUUGCAUGGUAUAGGCAGUCCUUGCUAUCCUGCUCAAACCUACGGCAAAGACAGACGCUACUGGAGGAAGUACAUCCAGUUUGACUUCAACCAGCUCAUCAGACUGGCCACUCAGGAGAUCAUCUGCUUCAAGUGAUUAAUGCACCAUAUGGGCGUUCCCUCACUCAAUCAGUCUCAGUGAAUGAUGACACACAUCCGCCUGUUUUGGAGGAAUUCUGCCAGAAACACCACUUUUUCCAUUUUUAUAUUCCAUCAUGUUGAACUAUUUAACUUUUGAUGUUUUUCUAAAUGUAUAUUUUUUGUAUGUUUUGGUUUAAUAGAUUUACUUUGUCGACACUAAUUAUUAAAAUCUUUCUAUUUUCUUA